CCCCCGGCCCCCGGCCCCGGCGCGCUAGCAGCCAUGGUGGGCCGGCUGAGCCUGCAGGAUGUGCCCGAGCUCGUGGACACCAAGAAGAAGGGCGACGGCGUCCUGGACAGUCCAGACUCGGGGCUGCCCCCCAGCCCCAGUCCCAGUCACUGGGGGCUCGCGGCGGCCGGGGGCGGCGGCAGCGGCGGGGAGCGCGCGCCGGUCCCCGGGACGGUGGAGCCCGACGCGGCGGCGACCCCCGCGGCCCCGAACCCAGCGUCUCUGCCCAGCCCUCUGACCUUUGCCUGCUCACCAAGGCUGUGCCCUCUGUCCUUUGGCGAAGGAGUAGAGUUUGACCCCUUACCACCGAUGGAAGUAAGGUACACGUCGUCCGUCAAGUAUGACUCCGAGCGGCACUUCAUCGACGACAUCCACCUGCCCCUGGGCCUGGCAGUGGCCUCCUGUAGCCAGACCGUCACCUGCCUCCCCGACUCCACCUGGCGCAGCUACAAGGCGGAAGUGCGCUUCGAGCCCCGCCACAAGGCUGCCCGCUUCCUCAGCACCACCAUCGUCUACCCCAAGUACCCCAAGACCAUCUACACCACGACGCUGGAUUACAACUGCCGCAAGACGCUGAGGAGGUUCCUGUCCAGCGUGGAGCUCGAAGCCUCAGAGGUCCUGGGCAGCGACGGCCUCUCCGAUGAGUGCUGACGGGGGUGGGGUGGGCUUGGACCGGCUCUUCCGCUGCCCUCGAGGGGCCCACGUGCUCCAGAGGAGUCUGGCCUCGUCGUUGUCCCUCAAAGUCCGGCCUGGGGAAGAAAACAAUGUCACAGCCUCUUAUAGUCAUGGAGAGAAUUGGGUUUUUAAAAGUGUUCAGAUUGGUCUCCAAAGGCAUGUAUUUCUCAUUUGCUGCUGCAUGGCUUCCCCAAAGUCUCAAUUUGUUG